AGAUGACGUCACCAAAAGAAGGCGGAGAUCUAUGGUAUUGGACGCCGAACCGUUUCCACGUCGUUCCCACUUCCCACUGGCACUGGCCACUAUCUCUUUGUCUAAUUCCUUUACUUCCCUGCUUCCCAUCGCCGGCGUCUUCUGCCGCAAGCCACACAGAUUCGCUUCAGCCGCUUUGUCCCUACUUCCUACCUCCGGACAUCUCGUAUUUAAGUUUAUGCAUUUCUUCCUACUGCUAUUUCUUUUCUUAGGGAAAAAAGGAAAUCACAGCAGGAGAGACUCCUACCUUAUACUUUUAUUUUGUUCAACUUCUCCUCCUUCGUCAUAUCUCUACGUUUUCUGGCAACGCACCCAAAGACCAACCUUUUUAUAAGCUACAAGCCACGUGAUUAAGGAGUAGUGUUACGGAGAUGAUUGAUCCGGAAGAGAUAUCCCAAAUGUGGAGUCCAUUUCUUAACUAUCUCAUCAAGUUAGAGAAGGAACUGAAAUGCUUCAUAUGCAAUGGUUUGUUUAAAAAACCAAAACUAUUACCGUGUAAUCACAUAGUUUGCAGCGACUGUAUUAUCACUCCUUUAACCCGUCAACGUUCUGUUUGCCAUUCUUGUCAGAACCCUUUUCGAUACGAAGACACUAGGGAUGCUCUUCACGUAGAAAGGAUGGUGAACCUUUUUCAAGAGAUGGAUGCUGCUAUUGGCAGCAUUAUUCAACAGAGAUCAUCACCUAAAAAUGUGCCGGGUGAUAAACCACAAGGAGUACAUAAUGUGCAAGAUAAAUCAAGCCAGUCAUGCCUCUCUAAAAAAGUUUCACUUGAAGGAGAUGAACCACCAGGAUUACAUAAUGUAGAAGAUAAACCUAGCCAUUCACCCCUCUCCAAAAAAGUUUCACUUGCAGGAGAUGAGCCGGAAAGAGUACAUAAUGCACAAAAUAAACCAAGCCAUUCAGGUUCACAUGGUUCUCCAUCUGCCAAUUACAGGUCUUCAAAAAGAAAAGUAGAUGAAAGAAAUUAUGAAGCAAUGCCAAAUAGAAGCACGGAUUCUGAAGAACAUUUGAAGCUGAAGGAGUCCAGUAAUCACCCUUCAUUUGGUGAAAAUAGCGGUUCUAAAUUGCAGAAACAUGAUAGUUAUCCUGAACAGAAUCUCCAAGCCUCUUUUCGAAUGAAAAAUGGUGCUUCUCGACUCAACAAUUUCAAGAAAGCAAAGACACCAAAGAAUGCAAAGACCAGGAAUAAUGCUAGUCCAGAUAAUCAUAAUGGAGGAAUUUUGUAUGGUGAUGAAUGCGCAUUUUGCCAUUCUUUCCGAAUUACAGAGGAUUCUGGACCUAUGAAAUGUUACAAAGAUGGAAAACUCAUCGCAUUGGAGGAAUCAAACCAGUCCAAUGGAAUAUACGUUCAUGAAAAGUGUGUUGAAUGGGCUCCUCAAGUGUAUUUUUCUGGGGAAAUCGUGAAAAACUUUGAGUUAGAACUAAAGCGAGCAUCAAAGAUAAAAUGCAGCAAAUGUGGAGUGAAAGGUGCUGCUCUUGGUUGUUAUUAUAGCAACUGCCUUAAGAGCUAUCAUGUCACUUGUGCAGUUCAGAUUCCAGAUUGUCGAUGGGAUUGUAGAAAUUUUAAUGUGCUCUGCCCUUGUCACACUUCUGAAAAAUUACAAUGCGAUGAUUCUGGGAAGAACGACAACAGUACACAUCUCCAAUCUAUUCAGAUAGACUCUUCUAAGCCUUUAGGGAAGCUAAAAGAUGAUCGAAGUAACAAUUCUGCUGCUGCAAUGGAUGUUUCAAAUGAAAUUAUAUUCUUGGGCUCUGAUCUCAUGGAUUCAGAAAAGAAGCUCCUUGUUGAAUUGGCUAGCUUGAUUGGAGGAAAGGUGACAGAAAGAUGGACGCAUGAGGUAACACAUGUCAUUGUUUCAACCAAUGAGUGUGGUGCUUGCAGAAGAACAUAUGAUUUCCUAUUGGCUGUUUUGAGUUGGAAAUGGAUUCUCACAACAAAGUGGGUUAAGGUUAGCUUGGAGUCAGGACAUCUUGUCGAGGAAGAGCCAUUUGAAGUUAGGUUUGAUGAAAAAGGUUUUGCAGAUGGACCCAAGAAAAGAAGGCAUAAUAUAAUCAGCAAGGUUCGUGCUUUCUCACUUGGAUGCUCGAUGAUGUUUAAUUCAAUUAUUGCAUUGUUCCAAAGUUGUCUUGGAUAUUUGCCAUUUCUGUGGCAGGCAAAAAACUUAUUUGCAGGUCUACGCUUUUAUAUAAGUGAACACUUCGAUCAAUCAUCUGAACAGUCUCUUCGGGAGCUUGUUGUGGAUGCUGGUGGAAGGGUGUUGGAGGCGGAUUGUUUGGUGGUGAAGUACCCUUCUCCAAAUGCAUCUUCAGUUGAAUCAUUUCUGUAUUUCAUUUACAAUGCAGACUAUCUGAAGGAUAAUUAUCCGAGAGAUAUUAUGACGAUUAAAGAUGAAAGAUGUAAAGAAGUAGACAUGUUUAUGAAGACCGGUGCCCGACCAGUAAGUAAUAAUAGAGUUAUGGAUGCCAUUGCUACUUUGGACGUCAAAACUUUGGAUGUUAUAUGCCUCGAUCAAGUAGACUAGUGACUUCAAUGCAUUUGCUCUUUUGGUAGAGUUCAGAAGUAUGGACUUUUGUUAUUGUGGGGUUGCAGUGCUCCUUUUUGCUAUGCUUUCAGCCAAUUGGCAAUGGAUGUAAAAUUGGAUGGUCUUCAUUUUGCUUGAUUGUAUGCUAAAGUUUCUUCUUGUAAA